CUGCAUGCCCGUUGCCAUCCCAUCUCCCAUGUCCCUCUGCUGCCGUCACACUGCCAAACUAUACCAUACUAUAUACACAUAGACUACUUGCUAUUCUUUCCUUCUGCUCCCGCUCGCGUAAGCUCCCCCUUGUGCCUCUCCCUCCUGGCCCCACCAGAGCCAUGUCUAUCGUCUAUUGCGACACCGAAGACGUUAUCUGUCGCCAUUGACGUGCUCGAUGCCGUUUGCCAAUCUUAGUAGGAGAACCACUCGCCUUGUCCUGCAGCUCCCAUCUCCACCUCCCCAUGCACGACACACCACCCUCACAACUUUCGCCUCCGCAACGCCUCAACACUACCUUUUCUUCUCCCAAUAACCCCAUCCCUCGAUGCUGCGAACUCUUCAGGCAUGUGCCUGCAAGUGUCUCAUGCCUCGCUUCGCCUCUUGCUGAGCGCCGAGCGCCUUUCUUCUCCCAAUCCGUCCCCCGGCAGACUGAUCUGGACUCUUGCUCAGGCCAGCCAGCCCCAAUUCGGGCGUCCGGCCUCAGCGACGCCAGCCUCUAUCCGUCCCAAAAACUCGUGCUCAAAUAUUUUCUCCCGCUGUCAAUGGCUUGCGCAAACCAUUCCAGAGUGUCCUCCAUCCACUAUGGGCACCCCCCUCCCCUCCCUCCUAGGGCAAGCGAGAUAAGAACGCUCGGCCCACACAACCGCGCCCCUACCACCCCAGGCAACCAGCAACCGUCCUCCAAACCGUUCCAGCUGCCCUCGCGCCCCCCCCCCCCCAAUGCCCCCUCCUGACGAAUCACCAGCCUGCCCUCAACUGCAAGUCACUUGCACGCUUAUAUCCAACACGAGCACGAGCAGCCUGCAUGCACACCUCCCCAUACUAUACUACAUACGC